GUGCCAUCACUCAUAAUUUCUCUCUCUCUCUCACCGUUUAGUUUACCUUAACAUAGCUAUUAGGUACAGUGGUGGUGCCGAGAGAAUUAAUUAAGUGGUGCGAAAAUGUCGCUCAAAUUAGCGGGAGCAACCCUGCUUCUAUGUUUUUUUGCUAUUUCUCUCUUUCAACUUACUCAAGCAGAAGAUCCCUACAAGUUCUUCAGCUGGAAUGUUACUUAUGGUGACAUUUACCCACUUGGUGUUCGUCAAAGGGGAAUAUUAAUCAACGGGCAAUUUCCAGGUCCAGACAUUCAUUCUGUUACCAACGACAACCUCAUCAUCAAUGUCUUCAACAGUUUGGAUGAGCCCUUUCUUCUCUCCUGGAAUGGGAUCCAGAAUAGAAGGAACUCAUUCGAAGAUGGUGUUUUUGGAACAACAUGCCCCAUCCCACCAGGGAGGAACUUCACUUACAUUCUUCAAGUGAAGGAUCAGAUUGGGAGCUUUUACUACUUCCCUUCUCUUGCUUUCCACAAAGCCGCUGGAGGUUUUGGAGGCAUUAGGAUCCUUAGCAGACCAAGAAUUCCAGUCCCUUUCCCUGAUCCUGCUGGUGAUUACACUGUUCUUAUUGGAGAUUGGUACAAAUCCAACCACACGACUUUGAAAGCUCAUCUUGAUAAGGGCAAGAAGCUUCCUAUACCUGAUGGAGUUCUCAUCAAUGGUCGCGGACCUAAUGGAGUAUCUUUCAAUGUAGAACAAGGGAAGACUUACAGGCUUAGAAUAUCAAAUGUGGGGUUGCAACAUUCCCUUAACUUUCGCAUCCAAAACCACAAAAUGAAGCUAGUAGAAGUGGAAGGAACACACACUCUUCAAACUACUUACUCUUCACUUGAUGUUCAUGUGGGGCAAUCUUAUUCAGUACUAGUUACUGCAGAUCAACCUGCUCAAGACUACUACAUUGUGGCUUCCACACGAUUCUCCUCUAAGAUUCUCACCACCACUGGAAUACUUCACUAUAGCAACUCUGCAGGCCCAGUUAAAGGCCCGCCACCUGGGGGGCCUACAAUUCAAAUUGAUUGGUCUUUGAACCAGGCCCGCUCGAUCAGGACUAACCUUACAGCAAGUGGACCAAGACCGAACCCACAAGGUUCCUACCAUUAUGGUCUGAUCAACACAACCAAGACCAUCAUAUUGGCCAGUUCACCUGGCCAAGUAAAUGGCAAACAAAGAUAUGCAAUUAACAGCGUGUCUUAUGUUGCCCCAGACACUCCUCUUAAGCUCGCCGACUACUUCAAAAUUUCUGGUGUUUUCCGCACCGGAAGCAUAUCUGAGAGACCCACUGGUGGUGGCAUUUACCUUGAUACUUCUGUGAUGCAAGCUGACUUCAGAUCUUUUGUCGAGAUUGUGUUCCAAAAUAAUGAGAACAUCGUCCAGAGCUAUCAUCUCGAUGGCUACUCUUUCUUUGUUGUUGGUAUGGAUGGAGGAACAUGGACAGCUUCUAGCAGGAACCAAUACAAUCUCCGAGAUGCAGUUGCGCGUUGUACCACUCAGGUAUAUCCUUACUCAUGGACUGCUAUUUAUGUUGCCCUUGACAACGUGGGAAUGUGGAACUUGAGGACUGAGUUUUGGGCUCGACAAUACCUCGGCCAACAGUUUUAUUUGCGCGUCUACACAGCAUCAACCUCAAUCAGAGACGAGUUUCCUGUUCCGAAGAAUGCGCUUCUCUGUGGCAGGGCAAGUGGGAGACACAAGCGACCACUUUGAGCUAGCAAGGGUUUAAAAGAUUCACACGUUUCAGAAGGGAUUCUGGUUUUAGAAUAUGAUCAGUAGUUAAUUUUUCUGCUGCUAGUUUUAUUGUUGAGUGUUUUCAUUUAUCUCUGAAGAACAUGUAUGAUUUUCUCUAAAUGACCCCAGCUCGAGGUCACAUUCUUUUCCAGAGAAAAAAAGGAAGAAAAAAAAAAGAGAAACAGCCAGCAUACUAUAUUCCCUUUGUAUUAUCUCGACUUUUACUAGAAUUAUUAUUAUUAUAAAGUAAGGUGAUGCUGAGUGUGAAA